AUGCGCAUCGUUGCUGCGGUACUCGCCGCUGCACUCGGCAUCAGUGCUGCGGUAUCGACACCACACCUUCAGUACAUCGACUUGCCGUUAGCAAAUGCCAAUGGGGAAUCUAAGGGCGGUGUCAAUCCCGAGCUACCAUACGACUCAUUCGUUCUGGAGCAGGCACUGUCUUCUGCCAGGGCUGUCCAGCUUUCGCCUGCAAGGUACAAGGCAUUGUUGUGGCAGCACUGGAUUGUGAAUGCCACAUCAGAAGCCAAUAUUUCCCUGAAAGAAUGGGAUCCCUGGCGCACCGCAAAGCAGAACCAGGCUGUUGUGUUCGGUGUCUACGAAUACUAUGCCAAGCUCUAUCUCGCGCACCCGGAGCAGCUGCGCUGGAUGGCGUUUGCUAACAUGGCUGGUUCGGCAUUCGCCGCUGGCAUGCUCGACUUGGGCGGCUUGCCCGGCGGUGGGUGGUUUGCGUCUAUGCUUAUGGCGAUGCAGAAGCAUAUCUUCAUGGACAUUGCCACCAUGCACGUGGCCUACAUCAACGGCGGCAUGGCGGCCGUGGAAGAGAUGCGCGAUGCGGGACUGAUUGACCCCGAGACGGCAGCAGCGUGGGCCAACCCGCCCGGCGCUGUUCUUCGUUUCUCCUACCGCGAGCAGAAUCUGGUAAUUCCCGAGCAGUGGAACCGCGUGCGCUCGCAUGCGGCGCCACUGGGCGAGAUCAUCACCUACGGAAUGACCAUAACAGGGCCGAUGCCUGUACCCGGCGCCAAGACGCCAGCCGAGUACAAAAAGCUGUUGUGCGGGCCUCUGCCGGCGUUUAAUUACGCAGACCAGUCAGCACGUUGGGAUCUAUUGGCCAACGAUACGGUACCAGCGUAUCUGCGGCUCGAACCGCCAACAGUAAAGAGCAUCGUGGGCGAGUCGUUCGCCGAAAGAGUCGACCAAUAUCGGACCGCGCAUCGUCUCGUGGACGUGGUGCUCGCGCAGUUAAAGGCAAUAGGAUGCCGUCCUUAA